UUGGUGUCUCCCUCAAAGUUGGGGGAGCUACCAUGAAAGAGCUCUCCUGCUCGAGGCAGUCGGGGAGGGAGUAGAGGGAUUUCAGACAAUCCAAGUGUGGUCCGGCUCCGACACCUGCUGAGGGCACUGCCCCUGGCUCAGAAGUGGUAGGGCCACCUCAAGCCUCCCAAGCCAGGGAGAGCCCAGGCAUUCCCCUGCCAUUGCUGCUACCAGCCCUGUGUGAUCCUUGCAUCUGUCACAGGCCAGCCAGGGUCUGACCUUGGGACCUCAGGUCCUGACUCAGCAGCUGGGAAGCGGGGAGGAGGAGAGGUGAAGCUGGGGCUCAGUGGGGGCUACCCUUGCCUCUGCUUAGCAGGUUGGUGACCUCAAAACUGUUUGGGAGGGUGCUCUAGGCUUGAUAGCAGGGCACGGGACCUGGGCCUCUCCCAUCCGGGCAGCUUGAGGUACACAGAGCAGUGAGGGAAUGGGGAGAACGCUCACCAUCUAGGGUUCUUCCGGGAGCACUGCCACCAGCCCAGCACUCUGCCAGACCAGCUUAUCCGGCUCCCCUGGCUCCAGGCUGGGCAGCACCCACGUGGUUGGGUAAGGGCAGCGGCCUUAUCAGACCAGUCCCGAGGAGCAUGAGCCUGGAGAGAAACAUGUCUCACACACAGGGCAGCACAAUACAGGCACCCAAAGGACAAAUGAACCCAGCCCUGUAGUCCUGGGGGCCAGCCCUGGGGAUCACUGUCUCAAAACAGGCCAGGACCCAGAAGGUCCUAUCCCAACAACGGUAGGCAAGAGGCUGCAACUUCUGCCUCCUCUACUCCACAGCCAGGAUCCCAAGCUCAGGCGGUGACAGUAUCUAUCAGUGCCUAUCCCCGGAUGUCUGACUAGAGUGGAAUGUAGGGGACCAGCCCAGCCCCGAACCUGCUGGGAACUCCUACGGGAUGUACACAGCUACCCUGUGUAUCCAGGCAAGAGGGGUUGGAAGUUGAGGUUAAGGGUCCUUCUCUCCUCUUUCUGGAUCCAUAGUCUCCCAGGGCCCUGGUGGGCAGAGCCAGAGCACAGACCCCAGGCUUCAGGCCGACUGCUCACCUCCAGCAGCCUGGCGAGCCCUGCCCAAGCCAGACAACUCCAUUCACCAGUCACCCCUAGCACAAGCUCAUUCAUGCACGCACGCACGCACGCACGCACGCACGCACGCACGCGUGGGCCCGCCCGGCGCCUGCUUCUAGGUCAGGCUUGGGCAGGAUUUCCUGGGAGGAGCAGUGGCAGGUGCGGCUAGUCGGGUACUACAACUGGGGGCAUGUGGGGACUUGGCCGGGGGCCCCCUACGGGGGCCCUAACCCUGACAGCUCUAGCUGAAGGAAUCCGGUCCAGUCAGGGGCCGCCCCUAGGACCCUCUUCCACGGGUCCUCAGUCUGAGGCCCAGGAGCCAGGAGCUGAGACGGAGCUACAGGCCCAGAUACUCACUGACCCUGAAGCCGAACCUGGAGACGGGACCACUGACGCCACAGCUAGCAGUGGGCCCCGCCCUCCGCACAGGGCCCCGCAGCCCGCCCCAGAGGGGCCCCGCCAGAGUUCCUGGGAGGAGGGGGCCCUCUCUGACCUCGCGCUCUACACGGCUGCCUGCUUGGAGGAGGCUGGCUUUGCAGGGACCCAGGCAACAGCGGUCACCCUGUCGUCAGCCCUGGAGGCCCACGGGGCACGGCUAGAAGACCAGGUGCAUACCCUGGUGCGUGGGCUGCUGGCACAGGUGCCCAGCUUGGCUGAGGGGAGGCCCCGGCGGGCGGCCCUGCGGGUGCUGAGUGCACUGGCCCUGGAGCACGCACAGGAUGUGGUGUGGGCACUGCUGCCGCGGUCGCUGCCCCCAGAUGGGGCAGCGGCAGAACUGUGGCGCAGCCUAAGCCGGAACCAGCGCGUGAAUGGACAGGUGCUGGUGCAACUGCUGUGGGCGCUGAAAGGAGCAGCAGGAACGGAGGCUGAGGCGCUGGCGGCCACACGGGCUCUCGGUGAGAUGCUGGCGGUGUCGGGCUGCGUGGGAGCCACGCGGGGAUUUUACCCGCACCUGCUGCUGGCGCUGGUCACGCAGUUACAUGAGCUGGCUCGUGGGGUGCACUCUCCUGACAGCCCUAAGGCUUGGGCCCCAUCCCACCGAGGGCCACCACACAGCCAUGCCAGCUGCACGGUGGAGGCCUUGAAGGCCCUGCUCACUGGGGAUGGUGGCCGCAUGGUGGUGACAUGCAUGGAGCAGGCUGGAGGCUGGAGGAGACUGGUAGGAGCCCACACACACCUGGAGGGUGUCCUACUGCUGGCCAGUGCCAUGGUGGCACACGCCGACCACCACCUGCGAGGCCUCUUCGCAGAUUUGCUUCCCCGGCUACGCAGUGCCAACACCCCGCAGCGCCUCACCGCUAUGGCCUUUUUCACCGGGCUGUUGCAAAGCCGGCCCACCGCGCAGCUACUGCGGGAGGAGGUCAUCCUAGAGCGGCUUCGAACGUGGCAGGGCGACUCCGAGCCCACUGUGCGUUGGCUGGGCCUGCUAGGCCUCGGCCACCUUGCACUGAAUCAAGGGAAGGUGCGGCACGUGGGCACGCUGCUGCCGGCACUCUUGGGCGCCCUGGGCGAGGGCGACGCGCGGCUCGUGGGUGCAGCGCUGGGUGCACUGCGCGGGCUGCUGCUGCAACGGCGAGCUCCUGUUAGGCUGCUGAGCCGCGAGCUCCGGCCACGCCUCCCGCCCCUGCUGGACGAUGCCCGGGACUCAGUCCGCGCCUCGGCAGUAGGGCUCCUGGGGACUUUGGUACGACGGGGCCGAAGUGGGCUCCGGGUGGGGCUCCGCGGUCCCCUGCGGAAGCUCAUACUACAGAGUCUCGUGCCGCUGUUGUUACGCCUUCAUGACCCCAGUCGGGACACUGCUGAGAGCUCGGAGUGGACCCUGGCCCGCUGUGAUCAGGCUCUUCGCUGGGGCCUGCUGGAGGAGAUGGUCACUGUGGCCCACUAUGACAGUCCUGAAGCUCUAAGCCGUGUCUGCCAACGCCUGGUUCAGCGAUACCCCAACCACAUGCCCCGCUUCCUGAGCCAGACCCAGGGCUACCUGCGGAGCCCGCAGGACCCACUGCGCUGGGCGGCCACUGUGCUCAUAGGCUUCCUGAUCUAUCACGUGAGUCCCAAGGGUGUCAACCAGGAGCUGCUGGAGUCCCUGUUCCAGGACCUAGGGCAACUGCAGAGCGACCCUGAGCCAGCGGUGGCCGCGGCGGCGCACGUGUCUGCCCAGCAGGUGGCGCUGCUGACCCUUGCACAGGGCCGACGGCGCGGUCCCCGCCUCCUGCGCCUCCCUCGGCGUCCCGCCCGCUCUGUUCGGCCCGCACCUCUUUACACAGACAGCCCGUUCCAGCGCAGGAGCCUCGCCGGCCGCUGGGGCUGCUCGGGAACCCACUGAAAGUGGCCUUGUGCCCAGCGUCAGACCCCGGACUAGGGUCUGAGGACCAGUGUCUGACUCUGGCACAGACCCACACAAUCGUCAGUCCCCAUGAUGGCAGAUCUACAAAAGAGGCCCCUCCCAAGGGGUGUCCAGGGCCUGAAGCUGGAUGCCAUGCUCCUUGCCCUGGGAUCUCUCUCUAGAGAUCCACCACGUGAUAGAGAAAGACAGCUGGCACCGUUUCACGCUGAGCCCCUCCUCUCUUGCACCCCUGGGUCCAUCUGUCCCUGCCAGACCUCCUGCUUUCUAGGCCCCUGGAGUGUGCCCUCUUCUAACUUGGGCCUGGCAACUGACCUGGAGAGCACCUAGCCUCUUAAGUGGGGUCUGCACCGCACACAGGAAACCAUGCCUCUACAGGCUCUCCUGUCCCCUUCCUGGCCCCCUGCCUCCUUCUGCCUGCCACAGCAGACCACCCUGCUAGGCCUGCCAACAGCUGGCACCCCCUUUCCUUAUCCUGUCCCCUGUUCCUUACUGCUUUGCUAGUUUAUGUCCUCUCUGCUCAAGAGGCAUUGAGCUGCCCUCCUACCCACACCUGCUGUCCUCUCUGCACUGGCUAUCCAUCCCUGCCCCACCUGACCAUGGGCUUCUCUAGAAGGUUCCCCUAAGGACCCUUCCUGAGGACAGCACAGGCUGGGAUUACCCUUAUGGGCCGAGGUGUGGCUCAGGCACCCAUGCCACCAAACAGGGUGAAUGUGGGUUGUGUGACUGGACAGACAGGAGAGGCCCUUCCAGAGGCCAUCAGAGCUGUAACCUCUGGGCACUUGUCUGAGCGGGUUCCUCCACCUAGAAUACCGGCCUUAAAAUGUGCUCUUGCCCUUUGAGGCCUCUGUAAAGCUCCCUCCUUGGGGCCUCACACUGCAGGUGCCGUCCCUCAGGGACAGGGAUGGGUCCUGCCCUCCCCGCCCCUCACAUCACACCACCUGCAGGACAGUGUUCACAAUAAACGUACACAGCGUGCAGGGGCUGGAUCUGUCUGAGAAUGCCAGUGUGACAAGCCAGGGGGACAGGGGAGAGGAGUGCAGCCAGACGAGGCACUCCACUGUGACCCAACCCACUGAAGCCUGGCGGAGCUGUUGGGACUGGCCUCAGGCUCUCUUGGUAGGGGAAUCUCGGCAUCCUAGGGUGAGGCCAAGGGCACAAGUCUUUGUGGAGCCAGGGGCCAGGAUCAGCGCAUCAAUUUGGCUCUUCUACAGCAGAUGCCAAAAAGGAUUGAACAAAUAAGAAACAUAUCAAGGAAAUGCCAGAGAGGCCAAGAGGCUGCCAGAUCCUAGUGACAGAGAGGGAGGAGGAGGGGGAGCUUGUGUGGAAGCACUGUGGACUUCCAUUCUGGCCAGCCACGUGCAGAGCUGAGUAUCAGAACAUAACCCAAAUACCCAAAUGGAUCUCCUCAGAACAGCCGCCCCCCCCAAAAAAAAAAAACAAAAAACAAAA